AUGUCUGCAUCAACCGUCUCCGCCUCCACCGCCAACUUCCCAGCCGACUCUCGCUCUGGGCCCCGCCGACGACUAAGCCAACUACGAGCCUACACUCAGAAUCAUUUUUCACCUCAUACCUCUUCCUCUGCAGCAAAUUCCCAGCGCUCUUCCCGUCGACAUACCUUCAGCAGUCGUGUUUCUUGGUUUUCCCCUUCCUCUGCCUCGUCGACUAGCCCAGAGUCUUCGUCUCUCCCUUCAGCGGGGACCUCCCAUCCACCUCCAUGCCCAAACAGCGAUCAAUCUGCUCUCGCUCGUUAUAGCUCCGUCUUCUUUCCCAGCUACCGCGCUCUUGACGUAGAUUUGCAAACCCGUGAUCUCACAACAGACUCGUCACAGUCGACCCCUUCGAACGACUCCGGCGGUGAAAAUUCAGUCGAGGCGAUGGCGCUUUCAGGAGCUUCGUCAGGGACCUCGAAUACACGAGACGACCAGCGAGCGAGCUCGUCUGCCUCAGCAAAUCCCACCACAAACGCUUCCGAAUCUGCAAAUUCGACCGCGAGUCAAAAUUCCUCGUCUCCUGGCCUGAAGGGAAAGGCCACCAUUCGCUUCUUUCCCCAUCAAGAUUCCAGCCAAAGCUCCAGACCGUCCUUGCACUUCAUUCCUAUUUCGCGAACUCUUCCAUCGGAAAGUAGUGUAAUCCGUGUUGGCCGAUACUCCGAGCGCGAUGGUAUGCCUGUGGCUAACCCCACCGAACCUUCGGAUGCCCCUGUCGGAUUCAAGUCAAAAGUUGUGAGUCGGAAGCAUUGCGAGUUCCUCUAUAUAAAUGGGCAGUGGCAUAUCAAGGAUGUGGGGAGCUCUUCUGGGACCUUCUUGAAUCACAUGAGGUUGAGCCAGCCAAACAUGGUGUCGAGGCUCUACACUAUCAAGGAUGGCGACAUCGUACAACUCGGUAUCGAUUUCAGAGGCGGCGAGGAGAUGAUAUUUCGAUGCGUGCGGAUUCGCAUAGAGUGCAACCGUUCCUGGCAGCAACAACCCAAUGAGUUCAACAAAAACACUGCAAGCCUUAUCAAGAACCUUGGCAAAGGGGAAACCGCAGAUUAUUCAGGUUGUCGCGAGUGCUCAAUCUGCCUCGGCUCGGUCCUGCGACCUUAUCAGUGCUUGUUCAUGGCAGCUUGUGCCCAUGUGUGGCAUUACAAGUGCAUCAGCCGUCUUAUACAUACUCCUGAGUAUCCGAUGUUCCAAUGUCCCAAUUGUCGUGCAUACACAGACUUGAGCGCCGAGGUGGACGAUUCCAACGACUCGAACGAUGUAAAUGCUAGCAAGCAGAAGGAUGAUAUCCAGGAGCCUGCGCAGACGUCAGCAGCAGAGGCUUCAUCAGGAAGCCAAGAACCCUCAGCGGAAUCGGGCCCGGCAGCAGCUCCUACGCAAGAGCGCACGGAAAGCAAUCGUCAAACAAGUGACGCACCCGCUGAGGAGGGACUAGCCGAUAACAUCGAGAACAUGCGACUUCAGGACGAUUCUCCGUUCGAAGCAGAGGCAGAGCGAACUCCGAACCUGGCAUCACCUGCCUCUCCUGAACCGGCUGUGAGCAACAUUACAUCUGCUCCCACAACAGGUUCCGAUGCCUCCGUUCUUCCGUCCCACCCCGUUGCGAUCAGACAGGCGCGCUCUGACACCCCUUUCCGCUCAGAAUCGUCCGAUGACAACCCGCUAACGCCUAGAAACGAUUCAGGGCCUUUGGCCUUUGAUGGUAGAGCUGGCAUGCCAUGA